CCGGCGCCUUGGAUCCGCUUCUGUAUAUUCCAGUGUAAGGUCGCUAGUCAGACCCCAGCAGCCAAGAUGGUGAAGCAGAUUGAGAGCAAGUAUGCUUUUCAGGAAGCCUUGAACAGUGCAGGAGAGAAACUCGUAGUAGUCGACUUCUCAGCCACGUGGUGUGGGCCUUGCAAAAUAAACAAGCCUUUCUUUCAUUCUCUCUCUGAAAAGUAUUCCAACGUAGUGUUCCUCGAAGUAGAUGUGGAUGACUGUCAGGAUGUUGCUUCAGAGUGUGAAGUCAAAUGCAUGCCAACCUUCCAGUUUUUUAAAAAGGGACAGAAGGUGGGUGAAUUUUCUGGAGCUAAUAAGGAAAAACUUGAAGCCACCAUUAAUGAAUUAAUCUAAUCAUGUUUUCUGAAGACAUGACCAGCCUUUGGCUGUUUAAAACUUGUAAUUUUUUUAAUUUAC